UCAAAGUGCCGCUGUUGGUCUGGGUGGUAUAUUUCUGAAUUCACAUUCCUAGGGGUACCACCCACAAAAGGAGAAAGGGAGAAAGAGGGAUACAUAGAAAGACCAUUCGUGCACUUAUGGAGCACAGUCUUUGGAAAUAUCGAACUGCCUGUAUUCAUUAACAGAAGAACGCAGAGGUGUCGUUUUGCCCCCCAGUCUUGGAUUACAGUAUACUUCCAUGAUAAAGGAUUCAUUAAGAUACGGAUGACGAACGAUUUACGAUUUCGUGCUGUGGCAACAAUGUCGGGCAAGUCCGUGGGAUGGCAAGUAGCAUUGUUUUUUUCUCUCCUCGCUAGUGCAGUGUAUGGGCAGGUUAGUUAUUCCAUUGCAGAGGAGAUGUCUCAAGGAUCGCUGGUCGGGAAUGUAGUGCAAGGUUUGGGUUUAGAUCUGAGAAGGUUUCAGUUGCGUAAUGCCCGUAUAUACACUGCGGACAGCGCUGAGUACAUGGAGCUGGACAGAGAAAGGGGGCUGCUUCUUAUUAAAGAAAGAAUAGAUCGCGAGUCGCUUUGUGGGAAAACAUCUCCGUGCACCUUACACUUCCAGAUCAUUUUAGAAAACCCGAUGGAAUUUUCCCGAGUCACUGUAGAGAUAACAGAUAUAAAUGAUAAUCCACCGAAUUUCAUGAAGAAUGAAAUAAGGCUCGAAAUAAGCGAAUCAGCGCUACCGGGAGCCAGAUUCUUGUUAGAGAAAGCGGUUGAUCCUGAUGUUGGUGUUAACGAUCUUCAAAGCUAUAUCCUUAAACCGACCGAUUAUUUUUCCCUUAAAUUGCACAGUCAGACUGACGGAAGUAAAAAGGUUGAAAUGGUUUUACAGAAACCACUGGACAGGGAAGAGCGGGACCGUAUGACGCUGUUAUUGACGGCUUUGGAUGGUGGAGACCCUCCGAUGUCUGGUACUGUGCAGAUACAUGUUUCUGUACUCGAUGCUAAUGACAAUGCUCCUGUUUUUAGCCAGGCGAUUUACAAGGCCACCAUUACAGAGAACGCGUCCAAAGGUACUAUUUUGACUACAGUUAGCGCAAAUGAUUUAGAUGAGGGUUCUAAUGGUAAAGUGAUGUAUUCGAUUUCAAAAAGCAUGAUGUCGGAUUUAUUUGACAUCGACGAAAAUAACGGAGAAGUCAGGCUAGCUGGUCAUAUCGAUUAUGAACAAGCUAACCAUUAUCAGAUUGAUAUCGAAGCAAAGAAUUACGGGGGGCUUUCGGAUUCCAGUAAAAUAAUUGUAGAUGUUACUGAUGUGAAUGACAACAGCCCUGUAAUCAAUUUCAUGUCAACCUCAACUGCAGUACCAGAGGAUUCUCCUUUGGACACGGUCAUUGCUAUGUUGACAGUGCAGGACCCAGACUCCGAGCAUAACGGGAGGGUUCACUGUUUUGUGCCGGAAAAUGUCCCAGUUAAUAUUAGAUCGACAUCCACUGGUUUCUACAAUCUGAUAACAGGAAUGUCUCUGGACAGAGAAACACAGUCUGAUUAUAACAUCAUUGUGAUCUGUGCCGACGACGGAGUCCCGUCGCUCUCCAGCAGCGUUACUCUCCACUUGAACAUUUUGGAUGUGAACGAUAACGCGCCUGUAUUUGACAAAAGCUCAUAUGAUGUUUUCGUAACUGAGAACAAUACACCGGGACUUUCUGUGUUCUCGGCAAAAGCCACUGAUGCAGACUGGAACCAGAACGCCCGUGUUUCCUACUUUCUAGAGGACAAAACAGUUCAUGGCUUGUCAAUUUCUUCAUACGUGUCUGUUAAUCCCGAUACCGGACUUGUACAGGCAGUUCGAUCAUUUGAUUACGAGCAAAUGAAGGAUUUCCAUUUUCUCCUCAAAGCGCAGGAUGGAGGUUCACCUCCACUGAGCAGCAAUGUUACUAUCAGAAUAUUUAUCCAGGACCAAAAUGACAACGCGCCUCAGAUUCUCUACCCAAUACAGAGCGGUACCUCUGCGGUGGCUGAAAUGGUGCCUCGUUCAGCAGAAGUCGGAUAUCUGGUCACUAAAGUGGUGGCUGUUGAUGUGGACUCUGGACAGAAUUCCUGGCUCUCAUACAAACUGCUGAAAGCCACAGACAGGGCGCUCUUUGAGGUGGGUUUACAGACGGGAGAAAUCAGAACUGUCCGCCCGGUCAGUGAUAAAGAUGCUGUGAAACAGAAGCUCACUGUUGUAGUGGAGGACAACGGACAUCCCGCCCGUUCAGCUACGGUCAAUGUGAACGUGGUGGUGGCCGACAGCUUCCCCGAAGUGCUCUCGGAAUUCAGCGACUUUACGCACGACAAGGAUUAUAACGACAACCUGACUUUUUAUUUAAUACUGGCCUUGGCUGUUGUCUCCUUCCUUUUUAUCGUCUCCAUCAUGUCUAUAAUAUCAGUGAAGUGCUACAGAUGGAGGCGAGAGCAGAUGUUUUAUAAAUCCGGUGGGAAUCUCCCAGUCAUUCCGUACUAUCCACCACUUUACGCAGACAUGGGAGGUACAGGAACUCUACAGCGAGUGUACAAUUACGAGGUUUGCGGGACCACUGACUCCAGGAAGAGUGACAUGAAGUAUGUCAGACCCUGUAGUGAGAGCAUUAUUAGUUUGGAUGCCAGUGGAACUCAAACAUUACUGCAUCAGCAGAAAGGAGAGAUGACUGAGAAUCUCGAAAACCAGGUGAGCCAUCAGAUCUGA